CGAGAACUGGUCGGUGGGGGCGACUAGCGUUACCACAGAGCGAGCGCUGGCGCUAGCAACGGAAUCACCAGAAGACCGGAAUAUCUAGCUGCGACAGAUACACCGAUUCUUUUCGGGAGACACACUCUGAAGCCACAGAAGAUCAUUUCAGCUCCUCAAUACACAGUCCAAGCUGGGGGAUGGCGGUGAACGUAUACUCCACUUCGAUGACCAUCGAGAACCUGAGCAGACAUGACAUGCUCGCCUGGGUCAACGACUCUCUGCAGCUCACGUACACUAAGAUAGAGCAGCUCUGUACAGGUGUGGCGUAUUGCCAGUUCAUGGACAUGUUGUUCCCGGGCUGCGUCCUCCUGAAGAAAGUGAAGUUCCAGGCCCGUCUUGAGCACGAGUUUAUCCACAACUUCAAAGUGCUGCAGGCUGCCUUCAAACGCAUGAAUGUGGACAAGAUCAUUCCGGUGGAGAAGUUGGUGAAGGGCAAGUUCCAGGACAACUUUGAGUUUGUGCAGUGGUUCAAGAAGUUCUUCGACGCCAACUACGACGGCAAAGAGUACGACCCGCAGCUGGCCCGCCAGGGCAUGGAGGUGUCCCCGUCGCCUAACGCAGGUGAUCUCAUUUUCCACAAACCCAGGAGGCCCCCAGGACCCCAGCGGACGUCCCCCACGGUGCCCAAAAGCGUGCCGCCCCCCCAGCGCGCCGUCACCAGCACGCCCUCCUCUGGCAUGAGGAGGCACAUGCCCCUCGCCCGCAACGGGGGCAGCGACGCCGAGGUGCUGGAGCUCAACCAGCAGCUGAUGGACCUGAAGCUGACGGUGGACGGGCUGGAGAAGGAGCGAGAUUUCUACUUUGGGAAGCUGCGGGACAUCGAGCUCAUCUGCCAGGAGCACGAGAACGACAACAGCCCCAUCCUCACCAAGAUCAUGAACGUCCUCUACGCCACAGAGGAUGGUUUCGCUCCCCCUGAGGAGGAAGAGGAAGUGGAAGGGCAGCCUCAGGAGCAGGACGAAUACUAGCCCCACCCCCCAACCCUCCUGGCCCCGCCCCCUUUUGCUUCCUUCAUCACUACUCAGUUUUUUUAUGUAAUCAUUUCUCCUCCCCCGCUGAUCUCACUCUUUUAUUCGUUGUUGUCGUUAUUCUGUUCUUCCCUUUGGCCCCUCCUCCUGUUCUCAUCAGCGCUCCCUUACUUGUAGUCUCCUCCAUCCCCAUUCUACAGGAACACACACAAGCUAAAGGAACUGGCAGCAUUGGCACCAGGGUUGUGGAUGCGUGCAUAUGUGUGUGUGUGUGUGUGUGUGUGUGUGUGUGUGUGUGUGUGUGUGUGUGUGUGUGUGUGUGUGUGUGUGUGUGUGUGUGUGUGUGUGUGUGUGUGUGUGUGUGUGUGUGUGUGUGUGUGUGUGUGUGUGUGUGUGUGUGUGUGUGUGUGUGUGUGUGCUUGAUGUGUGUGCGAGCUUGCUUGAUGUGUGUGUGUGUGUGUGUGUGUGUGUGUGUGUGUGUGUGUGUGUGUGUGUGUGUGUGUGUGUGUGUCUGAGCUGCUGUGUGUGUGUGUGUAUCUGAGUCUGGUCCUGCUGCAGUCCCUCACCAGCCACCAGCUUCAGCAUCUGCAAACAUCCUCUCAGCACCUCACGUCUCACAUACACACGCGCACACACACACACACACACACACACACACACACACACACAGGCACAUGCUACUGCUAGCAACACACACCCCACUGCUUUUAACGUCUUACUCUCUGUCACUGCACAGCACUGCAACUGUGUCCCAUGUCUCAGCACAGUGGAACUGACACAUGAAUGGGUGAUGGGUGACAUGUUUUUGUUUGAUUGUUUGUUUGUUUGUUUGUUUGUUUGUUUCUUCGUUCAUUGACUCUGUUGAUAUUUUUUGUAGCUGAAAUGUUGUAACAGCUUAUUUAUUUGGAGAGCGUGCGUGUUACCCCGUCGGUUCCUCUGGCGUUGGCGUUGCGUUUGCGAUGUGACGUGACGUGACGUGACGUGACGUGACGCAAGGGAAACCCCCUCGACCUGCACACGCGCAAGCGGCGACCUCGUCUGCGGUCAGAGGCAGGACUGGACCCAGCGACACCCCCCUCAGUCCCAGAACAGAGAGAGAAUGGAGUGAUUUUUAUUUUUGUAAAUGUGUGUGUUUUUGCGUUAGGAAUGGGGGGAGGGGGCUGAGUUCUUGGUGAUGGGUUUGCUAGCAUUUACUUAGAGCAGAGAGAGAGAGCAGAGAGCAGGCUUUUGAGAAUGUGAAAGUAUUUAUUUAUAUGAAAUGAGUUUGCAGAGUGACAUACGCUCGCUAUUAUAAGAACAAACAAAAUGAGCUGUUGUACAAUUUGUAAUGAAUGCUAAAGCAAGAAGAGUUUUAAAUAAAAUGACUAUGCCAUUAUUAUGCCAUGGUUUACUGACAUUGUAAAAAAAAAACAUUAUUUUUUUAGCUGCUAUACUUUGAGUUCUGUUCAGUUAUCGUUUUUCUGUUUCUUUUUUUUUUGUUUUGUUUUUGGGAUUUGAGAUUUUGAUAUGUUGCACACAGCAUGGAAUGCCACUUUGGGUGAUUGACAGGGGUCACUCUGUUGUUGACAAACAUCUGGAUCCCCACCCACCUCGUGGCCCUGUAGGGCUCUGUGCAGAACACACAUCUGUUUGGAGUUUUAUUACAGAAAAAUAAACGAGCGUGGGGACAGGAAAACCAA